AUGUUACGAAGAAAAAAGAUCAAGCGAAACAUCUUUGAGGAUCAAGAACUGGAAUCAGAUUCAGAAGAACACGACAAGGAACUCAACAAUCAGAGUAAAAAGAAGAGGAAGUUAUUCAAGCCGCCAGUCACACAAGAUGAAUCUUCAACUGACAUAACAAGCGAGGGUCGACCCGUUUCAAAUGAACUAGAUUAUAUGGACUUCAAACCAGAAGAAGAGGACCCUCCUGUUACAUCGAGAAAAUCGGAUCUUCCGAAGAAUAAACCAACUGAUAUCAAGAAAUCGUUAUUUGUUCAACAACCCAAUGUGUCAAGUCAAUCUAUAGGGUUGUCAAUUAUGCAAAAAAUGGGGUUCAAAAUUGGUGAAUCGUUGGGUAUGACGAAUUCCUCAUCAGCGGGUAUAACAGAACCUAUCAUGGUCCAACCUAGGACCGGAAGAGUUGGAUUGGGUGGACAAGCAAGAAUAUCGAAAGAAAUAGAAGUACCCGAAGUUUCAGAGGGACAAGCCAUAGAAAUGAAGGAAAGGUUGAUCACCAAACAGGCACGUGUUGCAAUGAUUGGGGAGAUCCGAAAAUUAAUGAAGUUGUGUUUAGAAUUAAAUGGAGAGUUGGAUGCUUAUUACGAAAACAAUGACGUUGAAGCGGUUAAUGAACUAUGGAGACCAUAUCGCAAAGCUCGACAUGUAUCAGUUUUGAAGAGCAGUUAG